GGUGCGGGGAUGGCCGCAGAGGCCGGGAGUCCACCGGAGAUGGCUGCGUCCGAGCCCGGGGGCAGCGCCGCGGGAUCGGUAACGUUCAAAGAUGUGACUAUGGCCUUUACCCAGAAGGAGUGGGAGCAACUGGAUCCUGCUCAAAAGAACCUGUACAAGGAUGUGAUGCUGGAGAACUACAGCAACCUAGCCUCAAUGGGAUAUGAAACUCCCAAACCAGACAUGAUCUCCAAGUUGGAAAAAGGAGUAGAUCCAUGGUUGGGGAAGAAGAAAAGGUCGAGUCAAGGUCAAAGUGGUCCAAGUGAGAUAGCAAGACCCAAGCAAAUAGGAACCAGUGGAAAAGUCCAACAAGAUAAUGACCAACUAGAAAAUCACCAGAAAUGUCAAAACAAAGUCCGUAGGGAAGUUGCAUUCAAGAAAAAAACUGUCACUAAGAAGAGAGGCCAUGAAUAUAGUUCAUUGGGGAAAAAACAUGUGAGUACAAAACAUGUCCCUUCAAAAAAAAAGCUACUUAAAUUUGAUUCACAAGGAAAGAGUUUGAAACAGAAUUUAGAUUUACCUGGUCAUAAAAAAAUCUGUGCAAAAAAGAAACCUGAUAAAACAAAAGAGCACAAGAAAUCACUCAGCAAUAGCUUAUCUGAUAUAAAGAAAGACAAAACUACAACUGGCAGGAAACAUGAGAAAUUGGUUCAUCAUAGCUCAUCUGAUACUAAGGGGGACAGAAUUCAAACUGGAGAAAAACAAGAGAAAUCAUCGAGCCAUAACUCCUCUCCUAUGAAGUGUGAUCAAACUCAAGCUAAAGUGAAACCCUAUGAAUGUAUUGAAUGCGGGAAGGUUCUCAGUCACAAACAAGGACUCAUUGACCACCAGAGAAUUCACACUGGGGAGAAACCGUACGAAUGUAACGAGUGUGGCAUAGCCUUUAGUCAAAAGUCACACCUCGUUGUACACCAGAGAACUCACACUGGAGAAAAACCAUAUGAAUGUAUUCAAUGUGGCAAAGCCCACAGUCACAAACAUGCCCUCACGGACCAUCUAAGAGUUCACACUGGGGAAAAACCCUAUAAGUGUACCGAAUGUGGGAAGACCUUCAGGCACAGCUCAAACCUUAUUCAACAUGUGAGAUCUCAUACGGGUGAGAAGCCCUAUGAAUGUAAGGAGUGUGGGAAAUCCUUUAGGUAUAACUCUUCUCUUACUGAACAUGUGAGAACUCAUACAGGUGAAAUACCAUAUGAAUGUAAUGAAUGCGGAAAAGCCUUUAAGUAUAGCUCAUCCCUUACUAAACAUAUGAGAAUUCAUACAGGUGAGAAACCAUUUGAAUGUAAUGAAUGCGGGAAAGCUUUCAGCAAGAAGUCACACCUGAUUAUACAUCAAAGAACUCAUACUAAGGAAAAACCCUAUAAAUGUAAUGAAUGUGGAAAGGCCUUUGGACACAGUUCGUCUCUUACUUACCACAUGAGAACUCAUACAGGUGAAAGUCCUUUUGAAUGUAAUCAAUGUGGUAAGGCCUUCAAACAAAUUGAAGGCCUAACUCAGCAUCAGAGAGUUCAUACUGGGGAAAAACCCUAUGAAUGUAUUGAAUGUGGAAAAGCCUUUAGCCAAAAGUCCCAUCUCAUUGUCCAUCAGAGAACUCAUACUGGGGAGAAACCCUAUGAAUGUAAUGAAUGUGGAAAAGCCUUUAAUGCAAAAUCACAACUUGUUAUACAUCAGAGAUCCCACACUGGAGAGAAACCCUAUGAGUGCAGUGAAUGUGGGAAAGCCUUCAAACAAAAUGCAUCCCUAACCAAGCAUGUGAAAACUCAUUCAGUGAAAUCUCAUGAGUGAAAUUAAUGUGAGAAGUAGUUUAAUUGAACUGAAGGUUUUUAUUUAAUCUCAGAAAUGUUCUGAAUGUAAUGGCUAUUCGGAUGUCUUUAAUAAUAAGUCACAUCUCAUUAUACAUGAAAUAAUUUGAAAAUGAAUCUUUACGUGGAAGCAGUGUGGGAAGAGUGUAUGGAGAGUUUAAAUGUGAUGUAAAACCUUUUAUAGAAAGUGUUCUAAUGAUAUUCAAUUAAUGUAAAUGAUCUAUUUGUUCAGGUUGAAAUAUCAGGCCUUUAAAAGUCUGUGAAUAAGGUGCAUAAUCAGCGCAGGAGAGAAACAAAUUACAUGUGCUGAUAAUUCCUGAGUUGCUUGGGUACUGUUUAUUAAUCACACAUGCAAGCAUUGAAUUUACACAUCUGCUUAUUGCCAUUUGUAAAUGUGUAUGGCUAUUGGAUGAGUCUCAGCUUUGAUACUAUCAUUCAGCUCUUUGUUUUUGUUACUUCUGCAUCAGCAUAACAUUUAAUAAAAGGGUUGUAAUUUAUGUAAAAAUGUUAACAAAAUUAAAAGAAAAUCAAAGAAAUACCUCAGGAUACAUAUUGUUGGUAGGAAAUAAUGAUAUAUUAAUAUAUAUUAAGUGAAAAAACAGUUUGCUGAACCAUGUAUAUAUCAAUAGUAUGUUCCUUCUUGUAUACAGAAAUAUGUGUGUUUGCCUGUCUCCUUUGUCUAUAUUUGUAUGUGUCUAACUUGGUUUGAAAAAAAUACUGAAAAAAUUUAAUAGCAGUAGCAGUUAGACAUAGGAGUACUAGAAGUGGGGUCCAGAAUGGGAGGGAGACCUCCUAUUUAGUAAAUACUGUUUGACUUAUUUUAGCAUGUACAUGCAUUCUUUUCACAAUUUAAAAUCCUUUUAAUAUUCAUAAAUCAAACCCUAAAAUUUCACUGAGCCCACUCUAUGAUGUUUGAAAAGGUAAGUUUCUAUGCCUAUUCAUGAAUGAUAAUGAAUUCGAGUAUGUAGUAUUAAAUUUGAUAUUGAAUUCAUGAAAAUUUUUCCUAGCAAACACAUUCUUUCAUUAAAAUAAUGAAUUACAGCUAAAGCCUAGUACUGUUCUUCUGUCUGCUUGAAAGUCAUUUUCUGAACAAUCACUACAUUUUUAGCUCAUUUUCAAGUGCCUGACACAAAUGCUUCUAUCAGGGUUUUCAAAUGCACUGAAACAAAUGCCACUACUCCUUGUUCUUGCCUAAUAGUUAAUGAAUCACUACACUCUUUCUUAGUGAACACUGAAGAGUUCUUAGUGAACUCUUUCUAGACAUGGUCUCAGAAUCAUUCUUACACCUGCAUUGUAAGGUACUGUGAGACAAUUUGGGUUGGCACAGGAGACAUAUUUUCCAUUGCAUACCUAGAUGUUUUAUUUUACUUUUGAGUCAUGAUAAAAAUACAUCUGAACUAUUUUUAAAUGUUGUUACACUAAAAACACUUACAUGAGGGCAAAAAAAUGGCUUUGUUACAUAAGGUAAGAUUAAUGUUUGGUAUAUGUUUUACCUUUUACAUUUUCACAGUACACUUACUACAUUAACUCAUUUGUUCAUCAGGAUAAACAUUUGAGUAAGACUUGUCUAGUCAAGUUCAAUUUUGCUCAAUAAAUAUUUCACCUAGAUAUGAAUCUAGCAUAGCAAUAGGCACUAAAUAACUAUGUGACUCAGUGUCACCUCUGCAACUAUUUCUCAUGCAAGUUUCUGCCUUCCUCAUGGUUUUAAAUUCUCUAAUUAUAGAGAAUCAAAACAUACAGAUAUUGAGAAUGGAGUGUGUGUGUGUGUGUGUGUGUGUGUGUGUGUGUGUAGAGAUCAACUCAUGGAUUUGUGCCCUCAUUUUCAAGUAAACUGUAUCUGCUCAGGGGAAUAAAAUACAAUAUGAAAGUCAUUUCCAGCAGUAAUGUAUACCAAGUGGAAAUCUGAUACCACACAGAAUGAACAUUCACUGUCCAGAACUGUAUAAAUCCUGUUACUUUUUAGAAGGAUAAAACAGUUGCAUUCUUGGAAAACACAUAAUUGUGCCAGGCUGGAACAAUCCAGAAUAUA